AUGACAUCCGUGUCAAGACAUCUUUCACUGCCAGGGCCACCGGUUCGCCCUCCCCGUCCCACGUCUCCUUCACACACGAUACCUCCUCGUGGUGUCCGACCAAUGCGUCCCGCUCCUAUCUACAAUCAGCAACGCCCUUCCAACCCCAGACUUGAAGCCUCCUUGCCUCCUCCACCUGCUCCACUUGGGGACGAUGUUUCAGACUGCGAGUCCGACAGCAGUGACGACGAGUCCGACACACAGCCACUCAGAAACAGCUUCCUCGGAGUCCGCACUAGCAUCGUCCGGGCCCCUCGCGAUGUUGAAGAAGCUGGGGCGUCUGUAAACUCGUCUUCAAACACCCUAUCAGGAACACCACCCUUGAGCGCCAAAGAGUUCAAGCCGAAGGCCGUUGUUUCAGAACCAGAUCUAUUCGAGAGUCAUGGCCUCGACACCUCGCCCUUGCCCCCGAAAAAGGGGUCUCGGUUCUACCGCUAUUUGAGGUGGAACUUUGGCUCCGUCUACCGCCGCAUCUUCUGCCUUGUUUACCUCUCCAAGCUGACCUACCAGCAAGCCAGCAUCGCGGUGACGGCAAACAUCCUCGCUGCCAUGCUUGUCCGCAACGAGCAUGUCGUCAAUUCCAUGUUUUGGGUAUUCGGCACCUGGACCAAGAACCUCCCCUUUCGAAUCCGCACCCUUGCGGCAAAGGUGUACUCGUAUGGCGGCAUCCACAGCGGCGGCGCCGUAGCUGCUACUUGCUGGUACAUUGCGUUCCUCGUGCUCCUGACCAUGGAGUUUCAGAGUGCUGGCUCGCUCAGCGUCCUCCGCAGCUACAUCUACUUUGGGUAUUCAGCUACCUUCAUCCUGUUCCUCCUCGUGUCGAAUGCUGGUCCCUCGGCGGCAAACCCCCACCUCCGCCGGCAUCAUGCACAACUGGUUCGAGGGUAUCCACCGCUUCAUGGGCCUUGGCUGGCCUCGUUUUGUUGUUUUUGGGGCCCCAAAGUCAUGGCUGGCUCACCGCCGAGUCCAUCUACCAUCUAG